UCAUUGCUAAUACCACACAGAAUGGGUUAGGACAUUUCCCUGAAAAGGUGGCUAUUUUCUUCAUCCUCUCAAAAACUACAGCUGCAUUGUCUGAGCUUGUGGUGGGGGGGAGAGGGUGCUCUCCCCCCCAACAAAAUGAGAGGUGUGAGUUUUCAUUGCUGUAAGAAGACCAACAGUAAAAAACAACUGGAGUGUUCAUUGCCCCUGCUGCAGCCAAGUUUUAAACAGGCUGACAAGGUUUCAUCUGAAGUUUUGGCUGGUGAAGUAACUGAGCCAGAAGACUUAACUUCAAACUCUUAUAUAUUCAAGAGUAAAAACUUUAAGAAAGCCAAAUCCUGUAACAUCUGCAAACAAAUAAUUGAUUCAAAUGGCAUUUCAUGCAGAGUUUGCAAAUAUGUUUGCCACAGGAAAUGUGAACCAAAGACUUCCAGCAGUUUUUUGAAAAACUCACCUCUCUGUUGUGACAAAAUCUCUGACAGAAGUACAGACUUUGACCACAUUAUGGAGGAAGGUUAUGAGCUGGACCUGACUUACAUCACUGAAAGAAUCAUUGCUGUAUCUUUCCCAGGCAGCUGUUCAGAGGAAACGUACCUACAUAACCUUCAAGAUGUAACUCGCAUGCUUAAAUCCAGGCAUGGUGACAACUACAUGGUGUUGAACCUCUCUGAGAGAAGAUAUGACUUUGCUAAGCUUAACCCAAAGAUUAUGGAUGUGGGCUGGCCUGACCUCCAUGCCCCAUCACUGAAUAAGAUAUGCAACAUUUGCAAGGCUAUGGAAUCCUGGUUGAACAGUCACUCUCAACAUGUUGUGGUGAUCCAUUGCCAAGGUGGAAAAGGAAGAAUAGGGGUAGUGAUCUCAGCAUACAUGCACUUCACAAAUGUAUCUGCAAGUGCAGAUCAAGCCCUGGACAGAUUUGCAAUGAAGAAAUUCUUUGAUGAUAAAGUUUCUGCUUUAAUGCAGCCAUCCCAGAAAAGGUAUAUUCAGUUUCUGAGUGGCCUUCUCUCUGGAUCUGUAAAAAUGAACACAACCCCUCUUUUCCUACAUUAUGUUAUCCUACAUGGAAUCCCAAACUUUGGUGUGAGUGGAGGUUGUCGACCCUUUCUGAAGUUGUAUGAGGGCAUGCAGCCAGUUUAUACAUCAGGAGUAUAUAGCAUAGGGCCAGAGAAUCUAAGCAGGGUCUGCAUUGCAAUUGAACCAGCCCAACUGUUGAAGGGAGAUAUUAUGCUAAAGUGCUACCAUAAAGAGUACCAGUCUGGCAUUCGUGGUAACGUUUUCCGCCUGCAGUUUCACACAGGUGCUGUUCAAGGAUAUGGUCUAGUGUUUGGCAAAGAAGACUUGGAUAAUGCAAACAAAGAUGAUCGUUUUCCUGACUAUGGAAGGGUCGAACUAGUGUUUUCAGGAUCCCCAGAAAAAAUUCCAGGAUAUGAACAUCUACAAAAUGACCGUGGAAUAAUAGUAGACUAUAACAACUCAGAUUCUUUGGUUCGCUGGGAUUCUUAUGAAUGUAUGAGUCCUGAUGGUGAAGCAUCGCACACCCAGGGCCCCUCUGAUGGCAGCCUUUAUGCUAAGGUGAGGAAGAAAAGCUCCUCUGAUGUCAGCAUUCCCAGCAGAACCCAAGGUGCCAUAACCAGUAACCCUGAACAUAGUGAUCAUACCCUGUCCGUUAGCAGUGAUUCAGGACAUUCUACAGCUUCUGUAAGGACAGAAAAAACUGAAGAACCUCCUCUUCCAGGAGUGAAAAGAAUCUUGAGUCCCCAGGAAAAGGAGGAGCUUGACCAGUUGCUUAGUGGCUUUGGCCUAGAGAACUCAAUCGUUCCACUCACAGAUAUGACUGAUGCCGAAAGCAAAUACAGUGGGACUCGCCACAUAGUGCCAGCCCAAGUUCAUGUGAAUGGAGAUGUCAAACACAAAGAGAGAGAGACAGACAUUCUGGAUGAUGAGAUGCCCACUCAUGAUCUUCACAGCGUGGAUAGUAUUGGAACAUUGUCUUCCUCUGAAGGCCAGCACUCUAACCACCUUGGGAACUUGAGCUGCCAUAAGAGCAGUCAGAAUUCCCUCCUGACAGAUGGCUUUGGAAGUAACAUUGGGGAAGAACAUCAUAACAUUCUGGCCACAGAUCUGGGAAUUGGUAUUGAUUCUAUGUAUGAAAGGCCCUUUGGAAGGGCUGAUCCGAAGCAAUGUCAGCAGCUGCCAAGGAAUCCUCCAGUUUCCACUCAACCACCAGCUUAUAGCCCCAGUAGCUAUUCAACCCAGACAUGGGUGCGCCAACAGCAAAUGGUAAUUGCUAACCAGUAUAUCUAUUCCCCAGAGAAUGAAGUUGGUGCUCAUAACAUAGCUGAAAACUUGGGCAACCUGCAGAAUCAAACCAGAGUUCCAGAUACACCUGCCCGAGGUUCCAGCAGUAGGGAUGCUGUCCAAAGGGGGCUUGGGAGUAUACCAACUUCCAAUAAUGUAGUCGAAACAUCUGAACCAGAGGUUUUAAAAUUAAAAUUACUCUCUGAAAAGGGUGCAAAUAAUAAUGAAUUAAAAUGGAAUACCAGAAGCAGUGCUGGAGCCUUGCCAUCCUCACCAACUUUGGAUAUUGAUCAGUCAAUUGAGCAGCUAAAUAGACUAAUUUUGGAACUGGACCCAACAUUUGAGCCUAUUCCCACCCGCAUCAAUGCUGUCAACAGAGAUACAAAUCAGUUGAAUGGCUUUACCAGUCCUCAAAUAGAUGUGGAAAGGCUUGAGAGGAACCCUAGAUUCCAUGUGAAAACAGAGGUCACUAACAAGAACUCUUCCCAGCAGGGUUCUCAAGAGGAUGGCAUAUUGAAUGGAAAAAGCAAGAAGUUAAAUCUUGAACCAUAUGACAAUGAUAUCUCAACACAGACAUUAUGCACAAAGUAUAGGUGGACAAAAUCUGAUGCCCCUGACCACUCUUUAAGUCAGGACUUCUUUGCCUCUGGUAUAAAAACCAAAGAGAUGGGUGUUGUAAGCUACCUGGAAGACCCAGAUGAAGGAGAUGGAAGCAUCUUCUCACCAAGCAAAAAUGUGAAUGAAACAAUCCCACUUACUCCAGCAUUUCCUGUAUCACCAGAGACUCCUUAUGUGAAAACUCCCUUGCAUUACCAGCAGCUGAGUUCAACUGAUCAUGAUUGCUGUGUCCCAUCAGAGAAUUACAGAACUGAUCUUGAACCCCGAGGUUACAUAGAAGGCCUUAAUCACCCCAUUGUGAUGUCUGACAGUUCAAGAAGCCCAAAUCCAUCCUUGUUGCAGGCUGACAUAGAAGCAGUUCCUUCUCACCAGAAGCCUUUUACAGCUACAUUUUCAGUUUCAAAUAAUACUUCUGCUCCAAGAGAAGAGAGGCCUGGAGAUGAACAUAUCUGGCAUCAAAACAUUUCUCAGUCCUCCUUGAUGCCCCAGUUUUCAGAAAUGAGCAACAGUAAUAUAGGAGCUUACCUCAUGUCCCCAGAUCUUUCUGCUCCUGUGCAACGUGAUUCACACUUCCAGACAAAAGGACUCCAGCCUGGGUCAUUGAACAAUCUGGAGAAUACAACAACUGGGCCGCCACAGGACCUUACAGCUAGUGGUAGCAUCCAAACUUUUCACAAUUAUGGUGGGGCUGUUGCCAACAAUAGCCAGUUAGUGGAAGAAAAGCAACUUUCUUUUAUGGCAAAUGCUGAUGGGUCUCCCAAAGUAAUGAAAUCUAUGGUGGACAGUAGUUUCUUGCCGCAUAGCUGUCUUGCAUCGUCUUCUGGAUAUAACAGUCAGAACAGUCCAAAUCAGCAAAACCAGGGACUGCAAAUGUACCCACAACCCCCUCUUCCUGAGAAGAAGAGGAUCUCUGAGGGAGAACGUUCUUUUGGCUCUGCCUCGCCUUCUUCAAGUGGUUUCUCCAGCCCACAUAGUGGAAGCACUAUCAGCAUCCCAUUUCCAAAUGUUCUUCCAGAUUUCUCUAAGGUUGCAAACCCACCACCGUUGUCAGAAAAUAUGGGUGAUAAACACGUGACUGUAAACUUCGUUCAAGACACUUCAAAAUUCUGGUAUAAGCCAGAGAUUUCAAGAGAACAAGCCAUUGCUGUCCUGAAGGACAAGGAAGCAGGGUCAUUCAUUGUCCGUGACAGCCAUUCCUUUAGAGGAGCCUAUGGUCUGGCCAUGAAGGUUGCUACACCUCCUCCUUCAGUGUUGCAGUUAAACAAGAAAGCUGGAGAUAUUUCCAAUGAACUUGUGAGACAUUUUCUGAUUGAAUGCACCCACAAAGGAGUGAGAUUGAAAGGAUGUCCCAAUGAGCCAUAUUUUGGAAGUUUGACGGCUUUGGUGUAUCAACAUUCCAUCACCCCGCUGGCAUUGCCUUGCAAGCUACUCAUCCCGGACCGAGACCCUCUGGAAGAGAUUUCUGAAGCCUCCACACAAACAGCUGCAAAUUCAGCUGCAGAGCUUCUGAAACAAGGGGCAGCUUGCAAUGUUUGCUACCUGAAUUCUGUCGAAAUGGAGUCUCUAACAGGUCAUCAAGCAGUGCAGAAGGCCCUGACCUUCACAUUAGCGCAAGAGCCUCCUCCCACCUCAACAGUAGUCCAUUUCAAAGUAUCUGCACAAGGUAUCACAUUGACAGACAAUCAGAGAAAGCUUUUUUUCAGAAGGCAUUAUCCAGUCAAUACUGUUAUUUUUUGUGCUUUGGAUCCACAGGACAGAAAAUGGAUUAAAGACGGUCCUUCAGCAAAAGUAUUUGGCUUUGUUGCAAGGAAACAAGGCAGUGCGACUGAUAACGUCUGCCACCUGUUUGCCGAGCACGAUCCAGAACAGCCUGCCAGUGCCAUUGUAAACUUUGUGUCAAAAGUCAUGAUAGGUUCUGCGAAGAAGAUCUGAAGGCCUCCUGUGUUACUGCUGUGUUGACCUUGCAGGGAGGAAGCAUCUUCAGAUGAAGGCUACAUGGCACCCAGAAGCUCCUCCAGCAGCCAUUCAGGAUAUAAAGGGUGCCUUUUAUACUUAAGGGAUAUCACCUGACCAUUUAAGCAUUUUGACAUCAAACUACAGUUAAGCAAAUAAGUGGAAGCUUGCAAGAUCCUGAAUACCCAUUUCUGAACAAAUAUUUGGAAAAUCUAAAGCAUUGAAGUUGGGAAAAUUGAAAUGAACUUUUCUGAUUUUUACCUUCAUUGUGAUGGAGCGGCAUGUGGGAAAGUGGGCCUUCACCUGUUUGAUCAGGCAUGUUGCUUUUAUGUGUAAUCUUUGCUAGAAAGUCAUGUAUGGUCACAAGAGCAGAAGUCUGCAUGAGAAAAUCUCAUGGGUCUCUCAGCUGUAAUGCAGGAGUGGGAUUGGGGGAUGGGGUGGGGGGUAGAUUUACAGACUUGCAGAUUUAUUAGGUGAAAAGAGAGUGCACUGCCUGUCCUCCUAAUUGUUCUCCCUUGCAAAUUCCCACUUUGGGGCACUUUUAAAAUGUUUUUUGUUCCCUUGAGUAGGGUCAGAAGUCAGAAGCCACUGUUCUGGGUACAUUUGUAGUGAACAGUUGGUGCAUUCUGAGCAGUUAUAUAAAAUUCUUCUUCCCCUGUGCAAUGAUCCUCUUUCGGAAGUGCCCACUUGGGUAGACAUUUGUUUUUGCAUUGACUGUUGCUCUGGCCCCAGCAAACAAGCUAGGGCUUCUUCUCUCCAUUUUAAUAUUAGAGUGGUGGACCUCAAGAUUAUAAUGGAAAAGUGUAUGUUUGUAGGAGAUCGGUGCAAGUCUAUUUUGGAUGGUGUAAAGAGAGAGAGAAAGAGGAGGUUUGCUUAGUGCAUAUAUUGUAAGAAAGGUUAGAUGUUAAUAUGUUGAAAGAUGAAUGGGAAAUGAGGGGAAUAUUUAAAAGGGGAUAAUGUGAUUCAGAAAGUUUUAUGAAGAAUUUUAGCAAGAAAAGUAAUGCCCUUAAUGAUUGCAGUAUAUAAGUGAGUGGGAAGCACAUGAGAACAGUUUGUAUAAUUUAUAAUAUAUAUAUUAUAUAUUAGCUUGUGUCAAAUUAUUUAUAGUGUAAAACAGAUUGGGGUCUGUUAAAUAGAUGUUCUGAUUCUGUAUGUAGAAGGCAUCUGUCACACAAGCACUAUUUGUUUUGAUAGGACUUACACAGAAAACACAUGUAUGCUCCAAAUGAAUGGGGAUAUUUCUGCCAGACCACUUUACAUAAAAUCUUAUUCAUGCCUGAUGGGAGGAGGCGGUGUUUCAUAUCCUGGCUUUAAAAAUAGCCAAGCUUCCUUUCAUAGAACAAAACUUUUCAUUAUUUUUUAUAUUCAGGAAACAACAAAAAAUUCAUAGUUUUAUUUUGAAAUCCAAUUUCUACUAAUAUUUUAAAAAGUUUUUAUUUUAAAAAAUCUGAAGUAAAUUUUAAAAUGGGGAGGGGAAGAGAAAUCUAAUUUUUGGUGCACUUACCCAUAUUUUGAGACUGACAUACCCAAUCUAAUACAUCAUGUGACCAAAUAUUCCAGAACAGAAUAUUGCUAUAUUUAUGUAUACAUUGUGGUGAUUUUUAUAAUCUGCUUAUAGAGCAUAUAGGUUGUACAUAACCCAAUGAUAUCAGAACUUAAUUUGUAAUGGUUGUGAUUCCAUAUGUGAAUGUGUAUUUGCACAAUUGCUGAUGGUAUACAUAUAUCCCACCUGAUUGUACCACAGUGAUACAAUCUAUCCAUACCAACAAGUGAAAAAAAAGAUACCCAAAACAAGGGCAGUUUGAACAUCAAUGUAACAUUUCCACUGGUUCUAAUGAAACUGGGUGCAAAUAUUAGAUUGCAGAAUUACAAUUAUAUUUGUAAGAAAAAAAAUAAUCUCUCUCUUUCUCUCCCCCCCCACACACACACUCAUGCACUACUUCUGGGGAGAGAAACUGCAUUUUUUACCCAGUUCUCAUUUAAUUUAAUAGGAAAAACUUCAUGCAGAGAAUUUAGGUGUAAUUUCAUAGGUAGCAUUUAUUUGCAUCCCCAAGUGGCAGAGGGCCUUGGGUGAAUGUACUACCUUUUGUUAUUCAGUCAUUUCUUCAUCAGUUUUCAGCUCUUCUGGCUUCCUCUGUUUCCAUUAAAUCCCAAGGGAUUUUUAGUAGUAGUGCUAUUGUCACUUCUAUGGGGGAAUCUUGGCUUUCAGAGAUAGUUGGAGAAUUUCUGCUUCCCCUGAAGAAAAUGCAAUAAGUCAUAUCCAGUUUCUGUGCCAACAAUUUUUAUGGAAAAUAUUUGUGCCUAGUUUUAUUAUAUGAGUCACAUAAACAUAUACCCAAAUAUAUAGUCAUUCACACAUGAUUUAUCAAGUGUCUGUUUAAUCUGCUGAUUAAUUGUAUUGACUCUGAUCAGACCAGAAUAAAAAUGUGGUUGGGCUCUACAGAGGCUAAAUCUGUUUGCUACCCCUACUGCUGCAUAAAUAUGGAAUUUGUGAAACUAUACUGUAGAUUCAAUGUCAACUAGUUUGUAAUCUACAGGUUGUCCUUGGAUAGUUGUUGGGCAUAACUGGAAACAGGUAUCUUGGACCACACUUAAUGAUCAUUUUAGUAAAUACCAUGAACAUCAGAACCUGCUACCAAUAAAUGAACCAAAUAGUAUCACAUUCUCUCCCCCCCUAAAAAAACAUUUUCUUUAAAAUUAUUACUGGAAGAUUGAUACUUCCUUAUUGAGUCCAGGUGUUCUUCCCUAUGGGUAGGUUAAUAUGUGAAAAUGGACUUUCAUUGUCCAAAUUUCACAGAUACUGUAUGCUCUUAUUUGGACAGUGUCCAAUAUUCAAAUAUUUGUGCCACUGAGCAACUGGUAAUACCAGCUGCUUGAAAUCAGGACAGGAACAACACUGGGGAAUAUGGAAAUAGUUCAGAAUUUGACAAAUGUGUUUGAUCUGCAUCUUACUCAAGGUCUCUUCUACAUAUAAAUUGCACACUACACAUUAUUGAAAGUACAACACAUGUAGAAUAAUGUCCAAAUAUAUUUUCACAUGAAUGGAAUUAAUGGAAGUUAAAAUUCAUUCUCAUGAGUAAUGUUAACAAGCUGCCACAUUUUUAGUCAUGCUCAUAGUCCCCUCUCUAUUGAAUCUGCUACUGUAAACCUACAGCAGGAGCACAUGCCUGGGCCAUAUGCUUGAAAGGCCACUGAUGCAUAGAGAGGCUUCAGGUGCCCAGCAGACCUUUUAAUAAACUCUAACGUCCCCCCAAAAAAUAUCAGGCCAGGUUUUUUCCCCCUUCUGGUAGGAUUUAGGGAACAAAAUGCAAGUCUUAAGCCACCUCCCUUACCUCCUUUUUGAAAAAGCAAACAGGUCCGAAAAUGCAAGGCUGGGCCCUCUCCUGCUAGCCCUUUGCCAGAGCAGAAAGCUCUAGUGCAUCUAUCAGGCUGAGAAAAAUUAUCCAGCCUUGUCUGCAGUAUCACCACCAUCUGCAGGCUAAAAACCAUCAGUCCCUUUUGCAUGGCUUAGCUGCUGCACUGCUCCCUAUUCAUUGGAAGGCGGUUGUGAUGAGAAUGGGCAAGCUUUGUCUUCUAGAUUGCACAUAUUUUCAUAGGACAGUGGUUCCUGGUUAUUCAACAGUAUCAAAACAGGGUUUUUUCCUUAUAUGACUUUUCUCUCAAGAUUUGUAUAAACAUGUAUCCAAUAUGUAAAGAACAUUCUAUAAUAAUCUCUGCUUUUUGAAGUAUAUCCUCUAUUCAGAUUUUAAUAAAAUUACUGAAUUUUAUAAAUCUGUUUCUACAAA